UUUGUCCACGGCAGCCGCCGCUCGCACGGAUGCGAGACCCGCACAUGACCACAAUCAACAUAUCGAUAUUCCAUUUUCCCUUGGGCUAUUAAACCCUGAGACAUCUGGUGGCAAAUCUUGAGCUCAGGAUUGAUACUGCCCUUUUCAGUCAGAUGGAGACUUUGGAGGAAAAGAGCAAUCUCCUUAGUUUGCAGGCAGACAACAACAUGGAACAACCAUUCACUGUCAGCUCAUUGAGAAAGCUCGUAGCUAUUCCUGACCACACAGACAUCUCUGUGAGCCCAGAGGAGAGAGUACGUGCCUUAAGCAAGCUUGGCAGCAAUAUCACAAUCAAUGAGGACAUCACUCCACGGCGCUACUUCAGAUCUGGAGUGGAGAUGGAGCGAAUGGCGUCGGUGUACAUGGAGGAGGGAAACCUGGAGAACGCCUUUGUGUUUUAUAAUAAGUUCAUAACGUUGUUUGUAGAAAAGUUGCCCAAUCACCGAGACUAUCACCAAUGUGCAGUACCAGAAAAACAAGAUAUUAUUAAGAAAUUGAAGGAGGUUGCAUUUCCACGGACAGAUGAACUGAAAAGAGAUCUUUUAAAAAAAUACAACUUAGAAUAUCAAGAAUACAUGCAACACAAAAACAAAUGUAAAACUGAAUUUCUGAAGAAAUUAGAGCACCAAAAGCUAAUAGAGGCAGAGAAGAAACGAAUCGCACAUAUGCGGCAGCAGCAGCUUGAAUCGGAACAGUUUCAAUUCUUUGAGGAUCAGCUCAAGAAGCAAGAACUAGCUCGAGAUCAGAGAAUCAAAGAGAGUGUGGUUAUGUCUGAACAGAUAGAUGGAAGUAUGCUGUCUUGUAUUUCUGUGCCAGAGAACAGUUCCUUAUCUGCAGUGCUGCUGGAGAAAAAAGAGAGGAGCAGCACCUCUGGCUGUGCUGGACUUUCGCCGCCAGUAGAACGAGUCUUAAAGCCAGCAGCUACUCUAAGUGCUGUUCAGACUCAACUGGCCGAAGCACUCAGAGGUGUCAUUUUGCCCAGGGAUCUCUGUCACAAAUUUCUGCUGCUGGCAGAGGCAAAUACAGUAAGAGGAAUAGAGACAUGUGGAAUUCUCUGUGGAAAACUGACUCAUAAUGAAUUUACUAUUACACAUGUAAUAGUGCCAAAGCAAACUGCGGGACCAGACUACUGUGACAUGGAGAAUGUGGAAGAAUUAUUUGGUAUUCAGGAUCAGUAUGAUCUCCUCACUUUGGGUUGGAUCCAUACACAUCCAACACAAACUGCAUUCUUAUCCAGUGUUGAUCUUCAUACUCAUUGUUCUUAUCAGCUAAUGUUGCCUGAGGCCAUUGCAAUUGUUUGUUCACCAAAGCAUAAUGACACUGGCAUCUUCAGACUGACUAAUGCAGGCAUGCUAGAAGUUUCUGCUUGUAAAAAGAAGGGAUUCCAUCCACAUACAAAGGACCCUAGGUUAUUUAAUCCAUGUACCCAUGUGGUUGGGAAAGACAUAAAGAUAAUUGUGCUGGAUCUGAGGUGAUACCAAUGAACCACAUCAAUGUUACUCUACAAAAGGCCAAAAGAGAAAAAUGGAUUCCUGUCUUUUCCUACAUUUUCAGAAAUUACUUUUAUAUUUAUACAUUUUAGAUUGAAUGGUUUGAUAUUUAUUGUUCUAGCCUGUUUUGGAGUUAUUUUGUUGCUCUGUCAAGAUGGAGUUCAGUGGCAUUAACCCUGAAUCUGUAAACAAAUCUCACCCAUAAAACACAACAAUAAAAUGAACUUCAAACUGCA